UGUCAGGAUUCAGAGAACAGACGCAUGCUGGCGCUUCACAGUCGCACUCUUCGUGAAUCAUUUCAAGACAUGUGUUUCCAGCAGUCCGUCGGAUGGAUGACAGGCAAUGUUGAUUUUGGAGAAAUGUACAGCGUGAAUAACUGGGUCGUGUUGUCAUGCACAGCGUCUUUCUAAAGCGCUUCAGGGAGCGUGUCAUAGCCACCUGAUCCACAAGACCUAAAAAGGAAGAACUUUCCCAUGAAGACAUCAGUAAUGGAUCUUAAAAUGGAACAUAUGGACAUUGACUACGAGCAUCCUCCACCUCUCCAGGUGUUCGCUCACACCUCGACUCUACACGGCAUCUCUCACAUUUUCUCCUAUGAGAAGAUAACGGCCAAAUGCUGCCUGUGGGUAGUUUUCUUCCUCAGCUCUUUGACUUUCCUGAUGUACGUCUGCAUUGAUCGGAUACAGUUUUACCUGGAAUACCCUCACGUCACCAAGAUGGACGAGAUCACGACUCCCGUGAUGGUGUUCCCCGCUGUGACGUUUUGCAAUCUCAACUCCAUCCGCUUCAGCAAAAUCUCACGCAACGACCUGUACCACGCAGGGGAGCUGCUGACGCUGCUGAACUCGAGUCAUGAAAUUCGGGACGCUCACCUUGUUGAAGAAAGUGUGUUGGAGGUCCUUAAGAGCAAAGCAGACUUCCGCCAGUUCAAGGCACGACCCUUCAACAUGCUGGAAUUCUACAACAGAACAGGACAUGACAUCAGAGAGAUGCUGAUGUCCUGCCAGUACAGAGGCUCUCCAUGCAGUCCUGAAGACUUCACUGUGGUUUUCACGCGUUACGGAAAGUGUUACACGUUUAACUCUGGUGAAAGCGAUUCGCCAAAGAUCAGUGUUAAAGGAGGGAUGGGGAACGGACUGGAGAUCAUGCUGGACAUUCAACAGGACGAAUAUUUACCCGUGUGGGGAGAAACAAAUGACUCGUCGUUCGAGGCGGGAAUCAAAGUUCAGAUCCACAGUCAAGAUGAGCCCCCGUUUAUCGAUCAGCUGGGCUUCGGAGUGGCACCUGGAUUCCAGACGUUCGUAUCGUGUCAGGAGCAGCGUCUGAUGUAUCUCCCUGCUCCGUGGGGGAGCUGUAAGUCCACCCCGUCGAGCUCGGAUUACUUCAAAGCGUACAGCAUCAGCGCCUGCCGCACGGACUGCGAGACGCGCUACCUGGUGGAAAACUGCAACUGUCGCAUGGUGCACAUGCCCGGUGAUGCUCAGUACUGCACUCCUGUACGUUAUAAGGAAUGUGCACAUCCUGCACUUGAUUUUCUGGUUGAAGGAGACAGCGAUUACUGCACCUGUGAGACUCCGUGUAACAUCACCCGCUACAAUAAAGAGCUGUCCUUCGUCAAGAUCCCCAGCAAAGCAUCAGUCAAAUACCUCGCCAAGAAAUACAGCAAAUCUGAGAAAUACAUAGCUGACAAUGUUCUGGUGCUGGAUGUGUUCUUUGAGGCUCUGAAUUAUGAAACCAUUGAACAGAGGAAAGCUUAUGAGGUGGCCGGUCUGUUGGGUGAUAUUGGAGGGCAGAUGGGUCUUUUCAUUGGAGCGAGUGUUCUGACCAUUUUGGAGCUUUUUGACUACCUUUAUGAGGUCAUGAAAUACAGGUUAUGUCGCUGUUCGGACAAGAAGCACCAAAACAACAGCAACACCGAUCACGGGAAUGUUCUCGGUUUGGAUGACGUCAAAUGCCACGUGGCAAAAUUUCAUUAGCAUUCCCUGCAGUUCUCCAGCUGUUUGCCUGCCACACACACACAGAUUAUGUUCUACAGAUGAUCUACAUUAUCUUCAACGUUCUAGCAGAUCAGAACUGCAGCGUCGUGGUCUAUUCUGUUACUCUGAAUGAAAACAAGAACUUUCUAGGAGUUUUUAAAAUGUUUUGUGUUUUUUCAAACAAGCAGUUUAUGAUGUUGUCGCGUUAAAGCAAGAAUGUCAACAACAUUAAAUAGGAAUUGAAUCGAUCUUUUGUGUGCCUGGACGUUUUGAUGGAAACGCAUCUGCAAGCUUGAGGACUUAUUUCAUGUCUUAUGUUACAGUAUAUAUGAGCUGCGUGCAUUGUCAUGGCAAUGACAUGACUGUGACAGACACAUCAUAUCACCAGGUGUUGUUUGAAGCCCAUCCAGCGUGAGAUACAAUACAAAGACCUGAAAUGAGCAUGAUAUCAGAAUGACCCAUAGAUUCCCAAUGUGAUGCAUGUGAGGUCUCUAAGGCUUUGGUGCGCUGGAGCAGGUGUGUGCGUGUGUUUGUGUGUGCAUGCAUGCAUGUGCGUAUGUGUGUCGUUUGCACGUUUGGGUCUUUUAUUGUUGUCUUUCGUGUCUUGUGAGGGAGAAAGUUUGUUUGCACAUGCAUGUGUUUGUUUGUAUGUGUGUUUUUGUGCAUGUAUAUUACAUGUGAUAAAUACUGGAAUGGCUGGGUGGAUGUUAAGCAUUUUGUUUAAGAAUGUUUUUAACCGGAUUGAGGCAUUUCCCUUCAAAUUAACCAUGGUUUUACUCAUCAAAAACAAAACAAUGGUUACCACAAACCAUAGUAACCACCACAAUGUAGCCAUGGUUUUACCAUAGUUUAACCAUGGUAUUUGUUAUUAAACAUGGUUUUACAAAAUGGUAACCAAUUUGCCUUAAAUCCACGGUUGCUACACUUUUACAACAAUAAAACUAUGGUUAAUUUUCAUCAGGGUUUUUAAAGUCUGUGUUGAUAUAUUGAUAUGAGUCAAGCUUUGUUAGAAUGUGUUUUCUGCAUUUUGUCAUGGUGCUUUAGCCUAUUUUGUAUCAUUUUCUUAUCUUUCAAAUUUAGUUUGGUUUACUAGUGUACUUGCUCUGUUAGUUGUCAACCAAUGUUUAGUUUAUUUUAAAAGAGACUGAAAGAAUGGGUAACGCUUUACUUCGAGCCUUCAUGUAUAAUGCAUUAUAAAUAGUUAUUUAAGGGUGUGAUGCAUUAUAAUUGUUCAUGAUGUGUUGGAGAAUAAAUCGUUUUGCAAAGAAUUGGAACCAAAUGACAAAUGCAAAGUGUAACAAAGAAUCGAUAAGUGUUAUAGUUACAAUUAUUUAUAAGAAAUCACAAUGCAUUAUAGGGUGCAUUACGAGGCAUAAUUAAUACAUUAAAACUAUACUUUAAUAAAGAAUUAUACAUAGAUGCGUUAAGUAAAGUGUUACCGAAGAGGGAUUUUCAACAAGGGGUAGCAGACGUUAAAAUGUGUAAAUUAAACAUCUUGAGACAUUUCUGUAUUAUUUUGAUGUUUACCAUGUGGCUGUACUAAACAUGUUUUUACAUAAAUAAAAUCCACAAAAGUAUGCCUUAGA